AUGGACAUGGUUAAACCCUUAAUACAACGACAGUUAAUUCCAAAGACAUUAUCAUACAGACCAUGUGCGAUUAUGAUGGGAAGAGUAGGCGCUGGAAAAACAACAUUAGCCAACUUACUUUGUGGAACACAACAUGAAGUUGGUGAAGGCAAAGGAAGUUUUACACGAAGGCUCUUUCUCAACGAUACUUCUUGUGGUAACAAUGCAUUUUCUUUAAUUGAUACGCCUGGUACGAAUAGUUCAACAGAAACAUACAAACAUGCUGUUUUAUUAAGAGCAGGUUUAACAGCAGCAAAAAUCAAUACAAUAUUUAUUAUAAUAGAAUAUCACUGCCGUUUUGAUAACAUGAUAGACAAUUAUUAUGAAGUUGAACAAUUCGUCUAUAAUUAUGCCAGCAAAGUUGUUGUACUGGUUUCUCAUUGGGAUCAAUCGAAAAAUCCACAACAUAAUUAUGAAGAAAUCUGUAAACAAUUUCAAAAUGAAUGUCCAACAUUAAAUAAUUUAAUUUUCUAUUCGGAGCGAAGUUCAAAAGCAGAAUUAGCUAAUUUAAUGUACGGAUGCGUAUCCAAUAUGGAAAAAGAUAAGCUCGAAAUCAAGGAUGAGCAAUUCUUUUUAAAAUUCAACGUAUAUCAAAUGAAAAGCAACUUGAAAGUCUCAUACAAUGAAUAUCAACGCAAAGCCAUUCUACUUUCGAAAGAAUACACGGAGUUCAUUCUCUCGGUUCAAUGCCAAUCGGUUGAAGAUAAAGAUGAAAUUAUACAUAUGACAAUAGUCUACUUUAAAGAUGAGAUGGAAACAUUAUUAAGUGAAUUUCGGAAAAAGCAUGGCCAAGACAUGGUUGAAUUAGAUUAUUAUGUAUUCAUUGUAAAGUUGGAGAAAGAGAAUGUUAAAAUAUGUGAUGAUUUCGUUGAAAGAGCAGUGCCAUUAAUGUCGUACAACUUAUUUGAUAAUAAAGAUCCAAGAAAUUUGAUUAAAAGAUGUCCAUAUUGCCAAUUAAUUUGGUUCAAAACCGAAGGAUGUGAUGGCACUACAACAUGUGGAAACAGCGACUUUAAGAGUAAUAACAUAAAUAAAAAGGUUCUUGGGAAAUAUAAAAUGCGACGUAUAGGUGGGAAAAUGCAAUGGGAAAAAACUUCAAUGGAAAACGAAAGUCCUGAACAAAAACUUGAAGAGACUCCAAAAUAUCAAAAUGUUGCAAGUUCUAAACGAGUUGGCUGUGGAAAACAGUUUAAAUGGAGUGAUCUGCCAAAAAUUGAAGACGAUUUAAUUCUGGAGUUAUUCAAAGUGAAAACCAUCGAUCAAGCGAAACAAUUGAUUCAAGCGGGAAACUUCAUAGAAGCUCGAAGAAAUUAUGAAAGUAAUAUUGACUGGUAUUUCCAUAAUUGA